UUUGAUUGUAUCUUUGUCUGACAUAGGGUUUGAUGACCUACAUGCUUGUGCUGAUCCUGGAGCUCCUGAACAUGGAUACAAGACACCCAGUGCAGGUGUUUUCUUUGAAAGUGUGGUAGUCCGGUUUCAUUGCCAAGAAGGAUACAGGCUUAAUGGUACUUCAAAAAAACUUUGUGUGAGACACUUUAAUGGCUCCCUGAGCUGGAAACCAAGUGAUAAACCUGUGUGCCUACAAGAAGUCACAGAUUGCCUUGUUCCACAUGUUGAAGAUGCAGAGAUUCAUAACAAGACAUACAGGACUGGCGAUAAGUUAAUAAUCAGCUGUCAUGAAGGAUUCCAGAUCCGUUACCCUGACUUAGACACCAUGGUUUCAAUAUGUCAAGACGAUGGAACAUGGGAUAAUCUGCCCAUUUGUCAAGGUUGCCUGAGGCCAUUCGUUCUUCCUCAUAGUUACAUUAACGUAUCUGAGUUCGAGUCCUCCUUCCCCGUAGGAACAGUGGUGCAUUAUCAAUGCUUUCCUGGAUAUAAACUAGAAGGGGCAGAGUUCCUUGAGUGCAUGUAUAACCUUAUCUGGUCAGAUAGCCCACCUAGGUGCCUUGAUGUGGAAG